AUGGCGCCGAUCAUCAUCACCGCAAAGCAUAUUCCCAGUAUUGCAAACUUAUAUGUUAGAUCCUUGCUAAAAGCGUCGACUGCGAUGCCAAAAAGGUCGCCGUCUGUGGAGGCAAACGCCACUGUUGGCCUCUACCGUGGAGACAUCACAAAGCUCGAGGUGGACGCAAUUGUCAACGCAGCGAAUAACUCGCUACUAGGCGGUGGCGGUGUCGAUGGAGCUAUUCACAGAGGUGCUGGGCCAGAGCUGGUAGCAGAAUGCCGCACGCUAGGCGGAUGCCCGACAGGAGAGGCACGCAUUACACAAGGCUAUGAAUUGCCUGCAAAACACGUUAUUCAUACCGUUGGGCCGAUAUACGACAGCCCAGAAGUAAGUAGCAAGUUUCUACGCGGGUGCUACAAAAACAGUCUUCAAGUCGCUCUUGAAAACAAUCUUGUAUCCAUUGCCUUCUCGGGCAUUAGCACGGGAGUCUACGGGUAUCCGAGCGAAGACGCGGCGCAAAUUGCGUGUGAGACGGUGCGGGAGUUUGUCGACGAGAACAAGGGCAAGAUUGAGCAGAUCAUAUUUGUGACCUUUGAGGAAAAGGACGUCGCAGCUUACAACGACAUGAUUCCGUAA